UGUGAGUUUUUUUGCCCUUUAGCAGAUCAGCAGCCAUUGAAACACCCAGACCAGCCUACUGGACUCCAACCAUCACGGCACGUUCAAACUAGCUUAGAUCCUGGUACUCAGUUUGAACGCCAGGAAGUCUCAUUCCCCGUGUCACCGAUUCCCCAAAUGCAUCACGUUGCUGUCGUGUGAUUGGCUGAUUGGAUUGGGAACAGGUGUACCUAAUGAAGUGGCCAGCAUGUGUGUAUAAACACACACUAGUUUCCAAAUCUGGCUCAAUAAUGAGGACAGAAAAUGUUCCAAAUGUUUGGCAGCGAAACGGAUCGUCUUCCCUGCAGGAGCCGGAAUCACUGACGGGAUUUCUCUGAGAAAGAAGGAAACGGUCAAAGAGGCGGAGGGGAGAGAAAACGACUGUAGGAGGGAGGAGGGGAGGAGGUCAGAUAAAGGAAAGGGGGAGGAGAGGAAGGAGGCACGGACAGAGCUGCAGCGGAGGCAGCUCCUCCUCUCCUCAUGCCGGCUGCCACAAAGAAUCCUGGAGACGCGAGCCAUCACCAGACGUCUCCGUCUGCAGAGCCGAGCCCCCGGCGUGCUUUUCCUCUUCACCUCUCUCUGUCCUGAGGCGGUCUGAGGAUGUGCUGAACACGCUGGGAUCCUUUUCCUUCCCCUGCAGCUAAAGAAGGAGAAGCCUGGAUGCGUUCUGGUGGCCGUGUGCCGGCGCAGAGAGCUCACCUCAGGAUCUGCAGCUGAGAGGCUGGUGGUGAUAAAUGGCUGUGAGAGGAAGGCGGCUCUCACCGCAGCGUCAGCCUCGCUCCUUUUUCUCCGGGCUGGCAUUGUUUCUCCUCUUCACGCCUCUCUGCAGUUGCACACAUGCAAACGCGGCCAGCUAGCAGCGGUGGAGUCUGGCUGCAUUAUGCAAGCAUUGGUGAGUGACUGCUGCUGUAAGGCCGGGCUGGGGGGGGGGAAAGAUGCUGAUUGAGGAGAACGGCAGCUUUGCUUUGCUUUCUGAGCAGAAGGCAAACACCUCGAGGAUUUAAAGAGUCUUUAAAGAUGGGAUGACGGCUGUGUGGAGCUGAACCUGACCCUUCAGUCAUGAACUCUUCCUCCAGUGCAAACCAGAGCAGUCCCCCUUUGUUCUGUCUGCUGGGUUAUUCCCACAGCCUGGACACCUGCAUGCUGGAGGUGGCCGUCAUCCUCUUCCUCGCCGUGCUCAUCAUCGCUGGCAACCUGGUGGUGAUCUCCGUCUUCCACUGCGCGCCGCUGCUGCACCACCACACCACCGGCCACUUCAUUCAGACCAUGGCCUACGCCGACCUGCUGGUGGGCCUCUGCUGCCUGGUGCCCUCGCUGUCGCUCCUCCACUACCUGCGGGGCCUGAACGAGGAGCUCGCCUGCAAAGCCUUCGGCUACGUCGUUUCCGUGCUGAAGAGCGUCUCCAUGGCCUCCCUGGCCUGCAUCAGCGUGGACCGCUACAUCGCCAUCACCCGGCCGCUGUCCUACGGCACGCUGGUGACGCCGUGCCGCCUGAGGGCGUGCAUCGUCCUCGUCUGGGCGUACUCCGCCCUCAUCUUCCUGCCCUCUUUCUUCGGCUGGGGGAAGCCGGGGUAUCACGGCGACGUGUUCCAGUGGUGCGCCGACUCGUGGGAGACCAACCCGACGUUCAGCACCUUCAUCGUGGCGCUGCUCUACGCACCGGCGGCGCUCACCGUCUGCUUCACCUACGGGAGCAUCUUCCGCAUCUGCCGGCAGCACACCAGGGAGAUCAGCCAACGCCACGCCCGCUUCAGCUCACAGACGGAGAGCGGCGGGGGCGAGCGGUGCGAGGGCUGCACGGACAAACGCUACGCCAUGGUGCUGUUCCGCAUCACCAGCGUCUUCUACGUGCUGUGGAUGCCGUACAUCCUCUACUUCCUCCUGGAGAGUUCUGGGCUGUAUCGCCACAUGGCGGCGUCCUUCCUCACCACGUGGCUGGCCAUCAGCAACAGCUUCUGCAACUGUCUCAUCUACAGCCUCUCCAACAGCGUCUUCCGAAAAGGGCUGGGCAACCUCCUGAGCCCUCUGCUCCCAUCCUGCCUCAGCUGUGCCGAAGCUAAAAAGGCUCCACCGCCCGGCAGCCUGCGGACGGACACUCGAUGCCCCGUGUGACGCCAUGGAGUCACGGUUAAAAUGUUUUCCAACCAUCUGUUCGGUGGGACGCCGGCCUUUCUGGGUCCGGAAGUUACCUGCAUCG